CGUGUUCGUGCCGAUAAAAUCGAAACGGCUGCACCGAUCGAGAUCGAGCGAGCGAUCCCUCCUCCAGCCCAGCCAUCCUCCUCCUCGCCACCCUGCCUAGCCUGACCUCGUCUCCUCCCACCCCAUCCAAGUCGGCCCCCGUCCGUCUCCAGGUCAAUCGCGUCGCGUGCGCGCCCGCGCGCCCACGCACCGCGUGGCGGCCACGAUCGCGGCCUCCCGCUCCCGCUAUAUCUGCGGGGCCGCGGCGCUCCUCCUGACCUCCUCGCGCGAUCCUCUUUCCAGGUGGGGCGGGCGUUCCUUGCGACCGAGCACGCGCGCGGGCGGGGGACAGCAGCCGCCGCCUCAAGGCCGGACACGGACUCCGUCGUGGUCAUCCGAGCGAGGGUUUUUUAGGGCGGCGCGCGCGCGGGAGCGGGUGAUGGCGAUGGCGGCGGCGGCGCCCGCGUUGUCGCCUGGGACGGUGCCGCUGGGCGUGCUGCUGCGGCGGGAGGUGACCAAGGAGCGGAUGGAGCGUCCCGACGUGCUGUGCGGGGAGGCCAGCCGCAGCCGCAAGGGCGACGACUUCACGCUGCUCCGCGCCGGCGCCGGCCAGCGCGUCGCCGGGGACCCCUCCACCUCCUUCUCCGUCUUCGCGCUGUUUGAUGGGCACAAUGGAUCUGGAGCUGCCAUAUACGCAAAGGAGAAUCUGCUGCCCAAUGUCUUGCGUGCCAUUCCUACGUGCUUGAGCAGGGAUGAGUGGCUUGCUGUGCUCCCACGUGCGCUUGUUGGAGCAUUUGUCAAGACCGACAAGGAUUUCCAGAGAGUAGCUGGAACUUCUGGUACAACUGUGACAUUUGUGAUAGUAGACGAGUGGGUUGUAACAGUAGCAUCUGUUGGUGAUUCACGUUGCAUACUAGAAUCUGCUGAUGGCUCAGUCUACUAUCUAUCUGCUGAUCAUCGUUUCGACUCCAACCCAGAUGAGGUUGAACGAGUAACUGCGUGUGGGAGUAAAGUUGGAAAAAUGGAUAUUGUCGGCGGCCCAGAGGUUGGACCUCUGAGAUGUUGGCCAGGUGGCUUGUGCCUAUCUAGAUCGAUAGGGGAUUUUGAUGUUGGUGAAUGCAUCAUCCCUGUUCCACAUGUUAAGCAAGUGAAGCUUUCCAAUGCUGGAGGCAGAAUUAUCAUCGCAAGUGAUGGCGUUUGGGAUGAUUUGACUUGUGAAAUGGCUCUUGACUGUUCUCGUGGGUUCCCAUCAGAUGUAGCUGCCAAUCGAAUUGUUAAUGAAGCAAUCCAGCCUCAGGGAAUCAGGGAUGACACUACUUGCAUUGUGAUCGACAUACUACCUCCAGAAAAACUAGCUCCAACUCCUCCUAAGAGGCAGGGAAAGAUUGCGUUCAAUAAUAUGUUUCGCCGAAAAUCUGUAGAUGUGCCCUUUAAAACAAAUAGUGAAUAUGCUGAACCGGAUGUGGUGGAAGAAAUAUUUGAAGAUGGCUCUGCGAUGCUUUCUAAAAGGCUAACCACCGGAUAUGCACUUGAGAAAAUUUUUGCGCGCUCUAGUUGUGCGGUUUGUCUGGUACGGUUGAAAUCUGGGCAAGGGAUUUCGCUACAUGCCAACCCACUGCAACAUGAAAAACUACAAGGUUGGCAAGGUCCUUUCCUGUGCCAUAGCUGUCAUGAUAAGAAAGAGGCCAUGGAGGGUAAACGAAGACGAAAAGAUUCUUCACCAACUGUCUUUGGUCACAUGUGCUAGGCCUGCCUGAUUGCCGGAACCAUUAUUUCAUACCACUAAAGAUUCUUUUAUUCAUAGCUGGAACCAGUAGUCAGCCCAUAACAAUUCUUUGGAUAGAUUGACCGUUUCAGUCGAGUAAUUCAACGUAUUCUUGACAGACAGCCUGGAGAUCUAUUCAUCUGUUGGACUAUAGCAUAGGAAAGCCCAUCUUAUUUUUCAAAGGACCACGGCUGUGUUCAGUUCAGCCCAAGCUGAAAGCUGCUUCUACGGCAUUCAACUGUACAGAGGUCGCUGUCCUUGUGCAUAGAGGUCUAUAUGAUCAUCGAUAUUCUUGUAAUUUUUUGACGCCAGUUCACUGACGACGCCCGAGAAAAAAAAUGGUAAGAUAGGGCCUGUUUAGUUCCCAAAAUUUUUUGCACA